GUCGUGAUCGUCCGUUUUUCGUGACGCGAGCAUUACAAUUCCCGUACGGAUUGAACGUUGAUUUUUUUUUUUUUUUGUUGUUUUUUACUCGUUCGUCAAUUUUCCGCCAGUUAUUAAUUUUUUUCAAUUUUUUUUUUUUUUUUCGUUAUAUAAAUUUUUUCCGUUUUCAUGUGCGCCGCCACCGCCGCCGACCGUCCAGUGCGUCGUUGUGUACGGAUCGCGAUGAUACACCACUACGACCGCCUCGAUUUUUCCGCACCGCCGACGUCGUCGUAUUAACAACACUGGUUUUCAUUUGAUUACGUCACCGCAUUAUCCCGCGGUCCCCCGAGUUCCGUGGUCCGUCAACUUUUCGUCUCCCCCGGACGAACUUCAUUUUUCCGCUUCUAGCGCCGUCCGUCCGUCGGCUACCGGUGCUCGCAAACAUGCAACUCUCGCAAGUCGUUACCAGUUCGGGCGUAUUGAUGCACGUGUACAGCGCCGAACGACACCAACAACACCAGCAGCAGCAACAGCAACAACAACAGCAGCAACAGCAACAGCAACAGCAACAGCAGCAACAGCAACACCAGCAGCAGCAACAGCAACACCAGCAGCAGCAGCAGCAGCAGCAACACCAGCAGCAGCAGCUCGCCGGUGAUUUUCGCGUGCCGCAAUCGCCGGGCGUCGUGUCCUCUUCGACCGGUAGCGGCGGAGUGCCGUCUCCGCCCGCGCAGCACCAUCGCCAUCAGCCGCAGCAGCACCAACAACAAAUGCCGCAACACUGUCCGCUGCCGGCCGCGGCCCCGCCGUCCUCGUCGGCGGUGGCCACCAUGCGUCCGCCCGCCGCUCCGGGCCCUCGGUGCAAGACGGGCUCGUCGGCUACCGCCGCCGCCGCUAACGUCGCGGCCAACGCGCCGUCGGUCACCGUCAAGACGGAGUACAGCCGGAGCCCUCCGAUGAUCUCCGAGGAACCUACCAGCUCCAUACCGGACUUGGAAUUUGACGGGAACACGGUACUGUGCCGGGUAUGCGGCGACAGGGCUUCCGGAUUCCAUUACGGCGUACACUCGUGCGAGGGAUGCAAAGGCUUUUUCCGCCGGAGCAUCCAGCAGAAGAUCCAGUACAGGCCGUGCACCAAGAACCAGCAGUGCAACAUAUUGCGGAUCAACCGGAACAGGUGUCAGUACUGCCGGCUCCGCAAGUGCAUCAGCGUGGGCAUGAGUCGAGAUGGUGAGCAUACGAUUUCUAUAAAUACGUUACUAACACGCAUCGGGUACACCCGACAGCGUCCCUUCCAAGUGCUUUAGCGCGCUUUCCGUUUU